AGGCAGCCACGGCAGCAACUACUCCCAGCCAACGCCGACUCACAUUGAGAUAACUUCUACCAGCAUCUCCCCAGAGAUCAUGCAUGGGGACAAAUGAGAUGAGCUGGAACAGUAUGCUUUGAUAUGCAAACUGCAUAGGACCUGCAAGAGAGAAAAGCCUCAUGCUUUCCUGAUGUGUUUUUACAUAGGCACCAGAUCUUGGAUCUGUGGAAUAUAAAGAUGCUGAACAGCAUUUUGCUGCUGAGUGUUAUAUCAGUGACUGCGAUCUUAAAGACAGAGAGUCGUAAAACUGCCAAAGAUAUAUGCAAGAUCCGCUGUCUGUGCGAGGAAAAGGAGAAUGUGCUAAAUAUCAAUUGUGAGAAUAAAGGGUUCACUAGCGUCAGUUUGCUGCUGCCUCCCCAGUCCAGGAUUUAUCAGCUUUUCCUUAAUGGCAACUUACUAAGCAGGCUCUACCCAAAUGAGUUUGUCAAUUACUCCAAUGCAGUGACUUUACACUUGGGCAACAACGAGCUGCAAGAGAUCAGGACUGGAGCUUUUAAUGGGCUAAAGACAUUGAAAAGAUUGCAUCUAAAUAAUAACAAAUUAGAAGUGUUGCGGGAGGAAACUUUCCAGGGCCUCGAGAGUCUUGAAUAUCUGCAAGCAGAUUACAAUUUCAUCAGUGUUAUUGAAGCUGGUGCUUUCAGCAAACUGAAUAAAUUAAAAGUCUUGAUUCUUAAUGACAAUCUUCUUUUGUCUCUCCCCAACAACGUCUUUCGCUUUGUACUUUUAACUCAUUUGGAUCUGAGAGGCAACAGACUUAAAAUGCUGCCCUUUGCUGGUGUCCUUGAACACAUUGGAGGGAUCAUGGAGAUUCAGCUGGAGGAGAAUCCUUGGAAUUGUACAUGUGACUUGAUUCCUCUGAAAGCAUGGCUAGAUACCAUCACAGUGUUUGUGGGGGAAAUUGUGUGUGAGACCCCUUUUAGACUGCAUGGAAAAGAUGUCACUCAGCUCACCAGGCAAGACCUGUGUCCUAGGAAAAGUGCCAGUGACACAAACCAGAGAUCUGUUCACCCAGCAUUUCCAGACACCCGUAUUCAACGAUUGCCUCCAACAUUUAACCCUGCAAUAAGUCCAACUAGAGCCCCAAAGGCCAGCAAGCCUCCCAAAACCAGGAACAGACCCACUCCUCGAGUAACAGUGUCCAAAGACAGGCAGAUUUUUGGGCCUAUAAUGGUGUAUCAGACCAAGUCUCCAGUUCCUAUAAGCUGUCCUGAAAGUUGUGUCUGUACUUCACAGACCUCGGACAGUGGCUUAAAUGUAAAUUGCCAAGAGAGAAAAAUUAGCAACAUUUCUGAUCUACAACCUAAACCCACCAGUCCAAGGAAGCUGUAUCUUACAGGUAACUAUUUACAAAUUGUUUAUAAAACUGAUCUCCUUGAAUUUAGCUCACUGGAUUUGUUACAUUUAGGAAAUAAUAGAAUUGCAAUUAUACAGGAAGGUGCCUUUUCAAACCUCACAAGCUUACGCAGACUUUACCUUAAUGGCAACUACCUUGAGAUCCUAUAUCCUUCCAUGUUUGAGGGCUUAUACAGUUUGCAAUACCUCUAUUUAGAGUACAACGUAAUUAAGGACAUUUUUCCACAUACAUUUGAUGCGCUAAGCAACCUUCAGCUCUUGUUUCUAAACAACAAUUUACUGAGAUCAUUACCAGAUAAUGUAUUUAGAGGCACUGCUCUUACAAGGCUAAAUUUAAGGAACAACCAUUUCUCAUAUCUGCCUAUAAAGGGGGUUCUUGAUCAGCUCACAGCCUUCAUACAAAUAGAUCUCCAGGAAAACCCUUGGGAUUGCACAUGUGAUAUUUUAGGUCUGAAAAAUUGGAUAGAGCAAUCGAGUUCCACCGUGGUUGUUCAGGAAGUAACAUGUGAAUCUCCAGUGAAGCAUGCUGGAGAGCAUUUGAGGAUUUUGUCUAAGGAUAUAAUUUGCCCAGGUGGCCCACAUAUUGCUGAUGCCACAGUGUUAUCUUUCAAUCACAAACCAAACACCCAACAUCCUUCAAGUGCAUCACCAAGUCCUUACCCUGAACUGCACACUGAGGUCCCUCUUUCGGUGCUUAUUUUGGGAUUACUGGUAGUUUUUAUCCUGUCUGUGUGCUUUGGGGCAGGGCUCUUUGUCUUUGUACUGAAAAGACGAAAAGGGGUACAGAGUGUUCCAAGCAGCAGUGCAAACAAUUUAGAUCUCAGCUCUUUCCAGCUGCAGUAUGGGUCAUAUAAUCCCAGUUCCAAUGAUAAAACUGAGGCUCAUGUAUAUAACUACAUCCCUCCACCUGUUGGACAAAUGUGCCAGAACCCAAUCUACAUGCAGAAAGAAGGAGAUCCUGUUGCUUACUACAGAAACCUGCAAGAGUUUAGUUACAGUAAACUGGACCACAAAAAGGAGGACCCAACAGCAUAUACAAUAAGCACAACUGAACUGCUGAAUAAGUCCCCCACCACAGGAGAGUCAGAACUUCUGUACCAAAACAUUGAAGAAAGAGUAAAGGAACUGCCCAGCGGUGGAGUUGUUCAUUAUAACUUUUGCACCUUGCCCAAAAGGCAGCUCAUGCCUGCAUAUGAAAUGAGGCGUCAAAACCAGGACAGGUUAAAUAAAACUGUUUUAUAUGGCACUCCCAGAAAAUACUUUGCAGAACAAUCUAAACAAGAGCAUCUUCUCCUGCAAGGAAAAAUGCAAUCAGAGCCAGAUUACCUUGAGGUUUUGGAAAAGCAAACUGCAAUAAGUCAGCUGUAGGCAACAUUUCUCAAAACAUUGCUUCAAGCUUGUUGUUUAUAUGGAAUGUCAGAAGCAAUGGUGCAUACACUGUAUGCCUUUUUUUAAGCUACACAGGUACAGAUACAUUGUGCUAUUACAGACUUUUGGUGCACUGUAUCUCUUUUUUUCUCUGUUAUUCUUUUCUUUAAAUUAUUUCUAUAUUUUACUUCUAGAAACAGUCCCCUUUAAUGAAUGUUUUCAUUUUUAUUGCUAUUGAUUUUCUUUUCCUUAUUACAUUUGAGUGUUUUUUGAUCUAAUGUUCUAAACAGUAAGUAGAAGAUCUCCAAAGAUCUGAGCAAACUGAACUUUUUCUAAUGUAAAUACCAUUUUACUGUUACAGAUCAAUUACCAACUGCAGCCACUGGGCGUCACUUUUUUGAGUUAAAGUGCCUUUGCACUUUAAAUAACCUAAAUGUUGCUUUUAGCUUUUAUACCAUGGAUAUAUUUUGAUGUGCAGUAUUUCAGAAAUAUAUAUAUAUAUAUUAUAUAUCCCCCUAAAUAAGAGAGAUCUCUUUUUGUAUUUCACAUUGCAUUGGUUUAAAAUGCCCUGGAUUUUGACUUUACAGCAGAAGUCAUUAAAAUAUUUGUUUAAACUGUAAAUCUACAGCAUUUUUCUCCUAUAAAACUUCUGCAAGAUGUAUAUUUCAAGCAACAAUAUCUAGAAAAUUAGAAAUAAUGGUGAGA